AACCAAGCCGGGCCGUUUUGCUUGCGCUCGUGUCAUUCUGUUUGACGUGAAGCUUGAUAGCCAUCCUCCAAAGCCAUACGAGAAGAGGACAAGGUGUCCCUGCAGCGGCCCCGGAGGACGUGCUCUUGUCCCUGCCUGGUCCGAUCCAAAGCGGAGCCAUGCCGGCGCAUCCUUUGUUUCUGCUGCUUCUCUGUGCUCUUCCAUCUCUUGUUGUGCCCAUACAUAAUUCAUCAGCGGGAGGCUGUGCCAUCAUCCGGCCUCCGAGAGAUGGAGGGAUUCGAUACCGAGGCCUGACUCAAGAGCAGAUCCGCAGCGUGCAGAUCCUUCCAGUGGAUUAUGAGAUCGAGUACAUCUGCAGGGGCAACCGCGUGAUCGUGGGACCCAAAGUCAGGAAGUGUUUGCCCAACGGCACGUGGACGGACAUGUCGCAGCACAGCAGAUGUUUGUUGCUGUGUCCCCGCGUGUGGACGUCUCUGGAGAACGGUCAGGUGACGGUGAAGCCGCCGGGGCAACCGGUGGAGGGCACAGUGCUGCAUUACAGGUGCCACGGCGGCUUCAUGCUGGAGGGCAGGAACGCCAGCCAUUGUACCAAACUGGGGAAGUGGGACACUCCCAAACCCAUCUGCCUCUAUGACAAAAACGACACAGGAAAGAAGAAGCUGUAUAUCGGCGCUCUGUUCCCCAUGAGUGGAGGCUGGCCGGGCGGACAGGCGUGCAUGCCCUCCGCGCAGAUGGCGCUGGACCUGGUCAACAACCGGAGUGACAUCCUGCCGGACUAUGAGCUGGAGCUCAUCCACUACGACAGCAUGUGCGACCCAGGAGAAGCCACCAAGCUGCUGUAUGACCUUCUCUACACGGAGCCCAUCAAGAUCGUGCUGAUGCCAGGCUGCAGCGGCGUCUCCACGCUGGUGGCGGAAGCGGCUCGCAUGUGGAACCUUAUCGUGCUCUCGUAUGGCUCCAGCUCGCCGGCCUUGUCCAACCGCCAGCGCUUCCCCACCUUCUUCCGCACGCACCCGUCGGCCACGCUGCACAACCCCACCAGGGUGCAGCUCUUCCAGAAGUGGAAGUGGACUCGCAUCGCCACCAUCCAGCAGACCACUGAAGUCUUCACCUCGACGCUGGACGACCUGGAGCAGAGAGUCAAGGAGGCCGGCAUAGAGAUCAGCGUUCGGCAGAGCUUCCUCACCGACCCGGCUGUGGCUGUCAAAAAUCUCAAGCGGCAGGAUGCGAGGAUCAUCGUGGGGCUCUUUUACGAGACAGAAGCUAGGAAGGUGUUUUGCGAGGUGUUCAAGGAGAAGCUCUACGGGAAGAAGUACGUGUGGUUCCUGAUUGGCUGGUAUGCAGACAACUGGUUCAAGAUCAAGGACCCGGCCAUCAACUGCACGGUGGAGAACAUGACGGAGGCCGUGGAGGGUCACGUGACCACAGAGAUUGUCAUGCUCAACCCUGAGACCGUCCGAGGCGUCUCCAACAUGACAUCACAAGAGUUUCUGGCUGCCUUGAUGUCUCGUCUGGGAGGCAUGAACCCGGAGGAGACAGGCGGCUUCCAGGAGGCCCCCCUGGCCUACGAUGCCGUCUGGGCCCUGGCGCUGGCCCUCAAUAAGACGGUGGCACCGCUCAAGGCAAAAGGUCGGCGGCUGGAGGACUUCAACUAUAACAACCACGACAUCACGUCCGAGAUCUACCGCGCUCUCAACACCAGCUCCUUUGAGGGAGUUUCCGGCCAGGUGGUGUUUGAUGCUCAGGGUUCCAGGAUGGCAAUGACGCUCAUUGAACAACUUCAAGGAGGAAGUUACAAGAAGAUCGGCUACUACGACAGCUCCCAGAAGAACCUCUCCUGGUUUGGCAACGACGUCUGGAUAGGUGCGGGGCCUCCAGCGGACCGUACGGUGGUGAAAGAAGAGUACCGCUUCCUGUCCCAGAAGCUGUUUGCCGCCGUGUCGGUGUUCGCCGGCCUUGGCAUCCUCCUAGGCAUCGUCUGUCUGACCUUUAACAUCUACAACGGCAACGUGCGCUACAUCCAGAACUCUCAGCCCUACCUGAACAACAUGACGGCGGCAGGCUGCAUGAUGGCGCUGGCUGCCGUCUUCCCGCUCGGUAUCGACGGCCACCACGUGCACCGCUCGCAGUUCCCCGUCGUCUGUCAGUUCCGCCUGUGGCUCCUCGGCCUGGGCUUCAGCCUGGCGUACGGCAGCAUGUUCACCAAGAUCUGGUGGGUCCACACGCUCUUCACCAAGAAGGACGAGAAGAAGGAGAAGAAGAAGCAGCACUUGGAGCCGUGGAAACUCUACGCAACCGUCGGAGUGCUGCUGGCCGUAGACUUCCUGUCGCUCAUCAUCUGGCAAAUUGUGGAUCCGCUGCACAUCACUGUGGAGAAGUUCACCAGGGAGGCCCCCAAAGUGGACUCUGACGUGCUGAUCCAGCCGUUGUUGGAGCACUGCAGCUCAGAGAAGAUGAACACGUGGCUUGGUGUCGUUUACGGCUACAAGGGUCUGCUGCUGCUGCUCGGCAUCUUUCUGGCCUAUGAGACCAAGUCCAUCUCCACGGAGAAGAUCAACGACCACCGGGCGGUGGGGAUGGCCAUUUACAACGUGGCUGUCUUGUGUCUGAUCACGGCUCCGGUGACGAUGAUCCUGUCUUCGCAGCAGGAUGCCUCCUUCGCUUUCGCCGCCCUCGCCAUCGUCUUCUCCGCUUACAUCACUCUGGUGGUGCUCUUUGUGCCAAAGAUGCGGCGCCUCAUCACACGUGGCGAGUGGCAGUCGGAGCAGCAGGACACGCUGAAGACAGGCUCGUCCACCAACAACAACGACGAGGAAAAGUCCCGACAGCUGGAGCGGGAGAACAGGGAGCUGCAGAAGAUCAUCCAGGAGAAAGAGGAGCGGGUGUCAGCGCUCCGCAACCAGUUGGCCGAGAGACAAGCUCUACGCAGCCGCCGCCGACCCUCCAUGGGCCAGAACCAGAACCACAGUGCCCCGCCGCCGUCGUCCCAGACGGACCCCAAGUCUCUGCUCCCUCCGCCAGGCUACCCGAGCACGGACAAUCACUCUCUGCCGCCUUCCUUCUCCAACUCAUCCAACUUGUACCCGGCUGAGAGCAAGAUGAGCCGCAACCACUGCCACAACAGCCAGAUCCCGCUGCUCUACAAGUAGGCGGGGUUGGCAAGGCAGGGCGGGCGGAGCUUUGUCACGGAACACGAGACACCGCCGGACAUUGUGACUUUCACGUUGUUCUGCCACGCCACGCCGCUUGACGGCACACCUCCGCCACCACUCCCUCGCGGUUGUGAUGACCGGUUGCCACGGCAACAAGCACAUCUCAGACUAGCAGCACAGGAGCUUCCCAUUGCUGCUCUCCUCCUUGGCCCCGGGGCCCUUUCUUUUGUGGACGCGUCGCGUGUCUUUGCUGUAGCGUCUCUCGACUGGACGACACACACACACACACACACACACACACAGUCGUUCUCUGUGGUCCUGUAGUCCUGUUUUUGUCAGUCGUGUGUUUACUCGGCCGUGUGUCGUGAAAUAGCCAUAACACUUGAGGCAGGACGAGGAACUGGACAGCACAUGUUCAAAUGAAAAUCAAAGACAUUAUGCCGGCACACGACAUUUUCAUAGCAGAUGAAGCCAGAGGACAAAUCAAGUUUCCUGCAUGCUGACUUGUGUAAAUAAACACUAAAAGCACAGUUGGUUUUUUUAAAAAUUUGACAGAUGUUGCUCGUCUGUGUUUUUUGUAUACUUUUAAUUGGACAAUCUCGUUUUUCCUUUUCCUGUUUAGACUGGACAGUUCAAAGGUGAAGACGUGUCGCAACAUGGUGAUGAUGGUAGUCUGCAUGAGCCUUUAACACAAGCAAUGACACUCUUUCACCGCCAGGUAACCACUUUUCUUUGAUUUCAGCGUGCACUUUUAAGGUCCGCAGAGUUCAUGUUGCCUGUGGUUGUUGUUAUGUUAGCUCAGGGCGCGAGGAAGCUAAACGAAUAAAAUAGGCCAUAUUUAUUAUACUCAUGGAGAGUGCAAUUAUCAGUGUAUCAUAAGAAUGCAGAACCACGCUGGAAAUCUUGGACACGCAAGUGGAGGGAAAUAUUUGUAUUCACUUAGUAAUAUAUUAUCUAGGCUCAUAAAUGUUAAUAUAUUUCAGAGUAUGUGUAUGCAAAAUAUGUGAGUACCAUAAAUAAAAUCUUUGUUUUUUUCCCCAUUCUCUGUUGUGUUUUGAUGGUCCAUGUUGAAAUGACUAAAAGUAGAAUUAAAAACAUUCUUAACAUGUGGUUUUAAUACAUUUGAGAUUAAAAUAUAGAUAUAAUUGAUUGAUUAUUGAUUAAUAUCAUCUAAACAUUUACAUUUCAUAAAAGUAAGUCAUAGUUUGCCACAGUAAAGAAGUUAAGGAGAGAAAUUGUUGACCACUGGGUGGUGCUAUAUUGUUAGUUCAGCUCUGCGUUUGUGCAUUAGAGGAGUAGAAGAAGAAGAAAAAGAAGCUAUCCGGGGUGC